AUUCCGCCUAAAAUUAAAACUUGCACCCGCCUUUUUUCCACACCCUGCUCUGGAGAAAUACAACCAAAGGAUGAAAGACGGAAUGAACUGCCUUUGACAUCAACGUAUACAAAUAGCCCGCUUUCUUCGCUUUGUGCUCUAAUUGGUCGAUUGUUGCUGUUACCACAGGGAUAGCGUAGUAACCGAGCUAGAACUCCUCCUCUUUCGCCAUAUAUGGGAAAACAACGCCUACAGGGUGAACGGCGAUUGGUCAGCGUGUGUUCUCUCCAAUGUUUGUAAAUUGUAGUCUUGAGACUCCGCUGUUUGUAUCUCAGCGCGCAAAUGUAUUUUUUUAGUGUUGAUAAACUCUUCUUUUUUGAAUUGUACUUAAAUAUAGUUGAGCUGUAGAAACGGCGGGCUGGCAGAUCUUGGCAGCGCUUUGGAUCACAACGAACCGAGUAAGCAGGCAGGAACAGAGAGUACCAUGGUUCUGAGCCAGAUGGAAGCCGGUAAAGCUUUGACGGCGGCAGCAGCCAAAGGGAAUACCAUCAAGGUGCAGACGAUCCUGGAGGAAGGCAGGGUGCAUCCCGAUACUCUGAAUGAGUUCGGCAGGACUGCUUUACAGGUGAUGAUGAUGGGGAAUGCCAAAAUUGCGCGUUUGUUAUUGGAAAAAGGAGCAGACCCCAACAUCCAGGACAAACAUGGGAUAACCCCCGUCCACGAUGCAGCACGGACAGGAUUUCUGGACACCCUGGAGGUUCUGGUGGAGCAUGGCGCUUCAGUGAACAUUCCAGACCAGAAUGGCGCCCUGCCCAUUCAUUUUGCCAUCCGUGAAGGCCACCGAGAUGUUGUGCAGUUCUUGGCGCCCCGAUCAGACCUGAAGCACGCCAACGUCAGCGGUCAGACAGCGGUAGAUGUAGCCAAAGCUUCCUGUGUGCCACAUAUGAUGGACUCACUUUUUGCUCACAUUCAUAGUUAGUCAGAAGAAUCCUCUGCUUAACCCAAACCUCACAGUUCUUGUUGACUCUUUUUAAAAUGUUUUUUUUUUUGGGGGUUUUAUGUGCUUUGACCUGGUGACUUGAAUUCAUUGCUGUGUAAAGAAUUAUUAUUAUUAUUAUUAUUGUUAAUAUUUUUGUUAAUGGCAGCUUAGCAUUAAUAUGACACAGGACAUAUUGUCUUGGCAGCUUAUUUCCAGUGGAUGGGUGGCUAUAUACUGUAGACACCUCUUUUGCACAGUGCAAUUUAGGCACCUUAAUAUACAUAUAUCUUUUUCCCCUGUUAAUUGGGAGUGCACAUUUGUAGAAAGUUUGACCCCAGUGUUUUUUUAUUGCAUGAAUUGCAACAGUUCAUACACAUGUAUGUUUCUUUUUAACUUACAAAACUUGACGUGGUGCAUCCUGAUUGCCUUGCAUAGUUGUGUUUCUCUUAAUUAGAUGUACUUAGACUUUCAAUUUACUCUUAUUUAUUUUUGGAAUAUGACUGAAUAUUCCUGUGACUUUGUAAAUGCCAUUUAUUGUGAUUUGUUGAAAUGUUAUUUAUAUAAAUACCUUUAAGACAAAAGUGAAAUUAUUCACUUUAAUAUUUGAAGAAGA